GCCAUCACAACUCUUACCACUCAAUUGCAAAAUUCUUCUUCAUCAAGAAUCAAGAGACACUUGCUCCAUCUCAAAGGUGUAGAGUUGUAGUUGAAGAACAUGGGUUACUGGAAAUCAACAGUGGUGCCAAAGUUCAAGAAGUUGUUCGAGAAAACCAACCUCAAAAAAACUGGUGCUGCCGAAGCUUGCAAGUCCUUCGAUGACGCUAAGGAGGAUUAUAGCAAAGAGUUUGAAGAGAAGAAGAGUGAACUUCAAGCUAAAGUUAUUGAAAUCUAUGAAGCUUCUGCUGCAGAAAUCAAGGAAUUGGUGAAGGAACGCAAGGACGGCGCCUUGAAAAAGAUCUCUACUGGUGUUGAUAAGUUCCUUGAGGAACUCUCUAAAAUCGAAUUUCCCGGAUCGAAACCAGCUCAUGAAGCAUGCUGCAAGUAUGGACCACCCUUGGUCGAAGGACCCAUUUUCUUCGUUUUCGAAAAGGUGUCAACAUUCAUAGUUGUUGAAGAGAAAAAAGAGGAGGAGACACCGGUACCAAUACCAGAACCAGAAGUAGCCGCUGUGGUGGAAGAAACAAGCAGCAAAGAGAAGGAAAUCGUGGUGGAGGAAGACAAGAAAAAAGAGGUUGAAAAAACACCAGAAACCACCGCGGCCAAGUCGGAGGAGGUCAUCGUAGCCCCAACAGAGCCACCAAAGGCUUGCUGAUAUGAUGGAGGUCAGCCAAGGCAGGGGUAAAUUUGUCAUUUGUGGUGUGUGAUAUCAAUGAUUUGUGAACAGAUUUGUUAUUCUUUCUUCCUCCUUUAAUUUAUGGGGUGGGGGUGGUCACCCACCCUUGUGUCAUACAAUCAAAAUGUUUUGUUGGGUGU